GCGCCGGGGUGGGUUGCUGCUCUAUCUCUGGACAAACAUAAUGAAAACGAAAUAAACCUGCAGUAAUGUUCUCCUCUGUUUAUCAUGAUAUGUUAUAAUUACGGGGGAUAAACAGAGCUCAUAAAUGUGGAGCCGUAACAUUAAUCUGUGAUCUUGACAGAUACGGAUGCGCGUUCCUGGCUAGAAUAAAAGCAGGAAGUGUUCGUGCUCUUCCGUCGUUGUCAAUAGUAAUAUCUGUUAUGAAAGAGCUGGGAAACACCCUGGGAAAAGUGACCGGGAUCAUUACUGUCGUAGUUGUGUUUGUUGCAUUGGUUUUAAUCUAUCUGGAAGACCCCGAGCCUGUUGAAUACAUCAGGAUGACUGAGGACUUGAAGGCUCAGGAGGAGAAUUUCAGGCAGCAGAAUAAAAGCUGUUUCAUCCUUGGAGCUUCAGGGGAAACAGGCAAAGUUCUGCUUAAAGAGCUGCUGGAGCGUAACAUCUUCUCUAAGAUCACACUCAUUGGACGGAGGCAGCUCACCUUUGAGGGAAAAGAAUAUGAAAACCUGGUCCAGGAGGUGGUGGACUUUGAGAAGCUGGACGACCACGCCGCUGCCUUCCAAGGCCAUGAUGUUGGCUACUGCUGCCUGGGAACGACAAGAGCCAAAGCAGGAGCUGAUGGGUUUGUUCGUGUUGAUCAUGACUACGUCCUGAAAUCAGCCGAGCUCGCCAAGGCAGGAGGCGUGUCCCAGUUCCACCUGCAGACAUCCAGAGGAGCCGAUAAAACCAGCAGCUUCCUCUACCUCAAAGUCAAGGGACAAGUGGAGGCAGACGUCGAGGCUCUGGGUUUUGACAGAUACGCCAUUUACAGACCUGGGGUUCUGUUGGUGGAGAGGCAGGAGAGUCGGAGCGGGGAGUGGUUAGCCAGGAAGUUCUUCAGUGCCUUAUCUGCUGUAUGCACCACGUCCAUGGCCAUCAGAGUUGAGGCAGUUGCCAAAGCAAUGGUUUCCAACACGGUGAUCAAGUCUGAGCAGAAGAUGGAGAUCCUGGAGAACAAAGCCAUCGCCGCUCUGGCCAAACCUGCAGAGAAAUGAGACAAGGACAGGAAGUCCAGCGAGGUUUUUUCAUAAGGGAUGAAGACAACUCAUCAUCAUCAUCAUAACACUCACAUUCUGCCAAAGAACAUCACACUUGAGCAGCUCGGUCCAUAUUUAUUCAUAUGUAUUUUGUCAUUCUCAGGAAACUAUCAAUAGGCUCUUCAUUCAUUCUGCCUUAAAGUCAAUGAUAAAGGAUUAUUUUACUCUUUAAUUUAACGUGUGUUCAGGGACCAUUUGCAUGUCUACACGGUAUUUAUGCUUUGUUAUUGCUUCUUUUCCAAUAAACAUGAGUGUUGACAUGUA